AUGAUGAAGAGCAUGUUCCUUCUGCUCAUUUUGCUGGGAGUAGUGACUGGAAGAAGAAUCCAGUUGCUUCAGGGCUUACCUGCAACAAGCACUAUUGAAGAGAAUGCGGCCGCUGGUGUUUCAGUUUAUACCUUUAAUGUAACGGUUUCUCCAAUGUCUUCUGAAGGUGUUGCAAUACCUCCUACCAUAGUAAACUCAAAUCCACUUACAGAGGCUUUUGAUGUGCUAAUAAUAAUAUUUUCUUUUCAGGUUGUUACCACUGGAAAUCCUGUCCUAGAUUAUGAAACUAUGCCAAAGAGCUUUGAUUUACAGAUUUUUGUUGAAGAUACAACUGGGAGAACUGACCUUAGCGUACUGACUGUCCAAAUAAAAGAUAAAAAUGAACGUCCUGUAUUUCGAGGAAAUUUGGCAAUUCAAACUGUAACAGUCUAUGUCUUGGAAGGAACAGAAGGAACAAGUGUGGAACGCAUUUACCAAGUUUAUGCAGCUGACCCUGAAAAUGCUGAACUCAAAUAUUCGCUGCUCCCUAAAUCAGUGCCAUUCUUCAUCUUGGAAAGUGGAGCCAUUUUUUCCACAAAAGUAUUUGAUUACGAGAAAGAUCCACAUUGUUACUUUUUAAAUAUAACAGUAACAGACCCAGAUGGUCUCAACUCAACUAGAACAGUGAAUGUAAAUAUAAUUAACAUCAAUGAUGAAAGACCUUACUUUACCACAGCAAUGCACGGCUCCUGGGCCGAGGCAAGGAUCUGGACCUUGCUGGGUAAAGGGGUGGAAAAUCUGAAGAAACAGAAGAAUGAAAUGUUAGAAAAACAUGGAUUUUUUGUUGCUACUUAUUUAAUACUUGAAAAUCAUCUUCCCUUGCAAACACAGAUGUACGCUUUGCUGAAUUUUGUUUUAUCUUGUAGAGAACAAAGAAUCUACAGGAUUCCAGAGGAGCAAAGGCUGGGCACUGUUGUUGCUAACAUAACAGCUAAAGAUCCUGAUGAUGAAGACUCUCCCAGCAGACUUUUCUACAGCAUCCAGUCUUCUGACAGAUAUUUCUCCAUAAAUCCUUCCACUGGAGUGCUGCAGGUGACUGGGAGAAUCGACCGAGAAUCACACCCACUGCGGCUCCAUCCUAACGUUUCAGUGAUAGUCCGGGUGGAGGACAGUCCCAGCGGUGGUCACUACAGCGAAAUGGAGAUCACAAUCAUUAUUGAGGAUAUCAAUGACAACCCACCAGAAUGCAAUACUUCAGUCUUCAGGAGAGAGGCAAAUGAAAAUACGACUGCUGGGACAUUUCUUCUUGAUCUCAGAAAUUACUGUACAGAUAAUGAUGUUGAUCCAUCAAACAAUCAAUUUAGGUUCACUGGAUUAUCUGGUUUUGGAAGCAAUAACUUCGCUUUGGAGUCCCCUGUGUCUGGAAGACUUUUGGUGACUGAAAGUGUUGAUUUAGAAAACCCGGCUAAUCCAGGAGUUGAAGUUUAUUCUUUGACUGUCAGAGUGCAAGAUAUUGCCAGUCCUCACUACACAAAUAUCAUCUACAUUUACAUCAGGAUAAAGCCAGUGAAUGAAUUUUUUCCAGUCUUCAGUGAUUUAUCAUAUGAAUUUAAUGUUCCAGAAAUUACUAAAGUUGGAUCCAUCAUUGGAACAGUGAAUGCCAGAGACGACGACUGGCCACCCAGUGUCAUCACUUAUUCCAUUGUAGCUGGAGGAGGCACCAGGGAUUACACAAAUAUUUUCUGGAUCAGCCCAACUAAAGGAGAUGUGAAGAUUUUAGCUAGAUUAGACUAUGAAACAACUCAGAAACACAUUUUCACAGUACAGGCCUCAGACCAAGAGAAGACUGCAACAGCAUCUGUAACUGUCAAUGUUUUGGAAGUAAAUGAUGAAGAACCAGUUUGUUCACCCAAUUUCUAUUCGUUUCAAAUCCCAGUUAACUUAGCUGUUGGGACCAAUAUUAAUGGCUUCAGGAUUGAAUGUCAAGAUCGUGAUUCUGAUCCCAGGUCUUUCCGUUACUUCAUUGAUGCAGGCAAUGUGAACAAUCAUUUCACAUUUUCACCAAGUGCUGGCUCCAACACAUCUCGGCUGAUUCUUGCAUCGAGGUUUGACUACGAGAGUGGACUUGAUACAAACUGGAUUUACAGACUGCGCGUCUAUAUAACAGAUGACAAUUUACUGUCUGCCAGGGACAAAGCUACACACCUGGUUAAAACUGGAACAGUGACUUUAAACAUCAGAGUUAUCCCAAACCCAACUACUGUCGUUGUCACAACACCCGGCUUCACUGUUGUGACCAAAAGGGAAAACAUCUACUCUGAGUCAGCGUGGUACGUGCCGUUCGUCAUCACCCUCGGCAGUUUGCUGCUCCUCGGACUGCUGGGCUACCUGGGGUUCCUGCUGGCAACGUGGGUCCGCAGCCACUGCCCUCCAGCAGGCAAAGCUGGCAGCACACCUCUGAGAAGUGCUCCAGAAAAGAAGAAACCCAACAAAGAAGUGUUUGUGACAGUGACAAAGCUAAAUGCUGUCUUUGAUGGAGAAGCCAGAGACCCAGUUACUGGCAAAAUGUACGAAUUCAAUACACGGUCGGGUGCCCGGAGGUGGAAGAAGAACAACGAGCCCCUGCAGCCGGCGCCAGCCAUGCAGGUAACAUCCAGUGCCACAGAUAAUAGUGGCCAAGGGAUGGAGAGAGCAGAGGCACCAAGCAAAAAAGAGCCUUCAGAGAAGAGAAAAGAGCCAACAGCAGAGACAAAACCGAGCACCAAGCCCUCGGCAGGGCAAUCAGAAGCACCAGGCCAGGAUGGGCUGAGAUUACAAAAGCAGAAAGAGGAGUCUGAGCACAGGGGGUUGCCCUCACCAGCCCCCCAAGGCAGAUACUAA